GUGGUCCCCCAGACCAGAACUUCUGGAGGAGCUUCGUAUUUGGAACAAAGACAGUCUCAUAUUAUCGUCCUGAUCAUUGCUAUCGAGGCAUUUCUGCCAACACAUAUCAAAAGUUUCUUGCGUGAUUCUCUGUGGUGGUUACCAAACAUAGCCCACACGGUCACAUCUGAGGCUGGUAUUGGGGUUCUCCCUUUUGAGGCCCAGUACAUUUUGCACCCACACCAAGGCAGUCUCUGCCAUGUAUUAAGGAGUGGAUUUGGUCCAGUUUCCUUCCCUUAAUCUCCGAGGGGAAAAAAUGUUCUCUUCUGAAAAGGAAGAUUUCUCCUUCUUGCUGCUCCAAAGGUGCCAGCAGAGAAUGUGCGUGUGGUUAAGGGUGGGAGCUUAGGGUAGAGUGAUGUGCUGCAGGCGGGUGGGCACAAGACAGUGAGCAGGAGAGGGAGGCUCCAAUCAGGUACCCCUCACCCCCCCGAAUGCCCAGGAGGGGACCAGAGCCAACCUGAAAGGGAAUCCAUUACCCAACGCCUCCCUCCCUUACCCAGGCCUCUCUUUUUAACCACAGGCACCCAAAAAGAAAGGGAAGGGCAAAGGCACCCCGGUUGUGGACGGGCUUGCUCCGGAGGACAUGACCAAGGAGCAGGCCCCUGAAAACUGCAGCACAUGGCAAACCACGAGAGGAAACUGGUGCCCACUCCAGCCUCCGUGUUCUGACGAUGGGACUGCCCGUGUGCAUCUGCCACGGACCUGCGGGGUCUGUGUCAACUGGUGUUGCUGUCAGAACCCUGACUGUCUUUGCAUAGUGUUAAGAUAAAAAUAAAUACAAAGCAGACUAACGGAGUCAUAUGAGCUGAAGCUGGAUGUUGAGCAAGGGCCCUUGAUGGUGGAGGGGCACAUCGGCCGCAUCCGUGAGGAGCUGGACCGAGAGCGGGAGGAGCGCAACUACUUCCAGCUGGAGCGGGACAAAAUCCACACCUUCUGGGAGAUCACCCGGCGGCAGCUGGAGGAGAAGAAGGCUGAGCUGCGGAACAAAGACCGGGAGAUGGAGGAGGCCGAGGAGCGGCACCAGGUGGAGAUCAAGGUCUACAAGCAGAAGGUGAAGCACCUGCUGUACGAGCACCAGAACAACCUGACGGAGAUGAAGGCGGAGGGCACCGUGGCCAUGAAGCUGGCCCAGAAGGAGCACCGCACGCAGGAGGGCACGCUGCGCAAGGACAUGCGGGCACUGAAGGUGGAGCUCAAGGAGCAGGAGUUGGCCAACGAGGUGGUGGUGAAGAACCUGCGGCUGAAACACACUGAGGAGAUCACCAAGCUGCGCAACGACUUUGAGAGGCAAGUGCGAGAAAUUGAGGCCAAGUAUGACAAGAAGAUGAAGAUGCUGAGGGAUGAGCUCGACCUGCGGAGAAAGACGGAGAUCCACGAAGUGGAGGAGAGGAAGAACGGCCAGAUCAGCACGCUGAUGCAGCGGCACGAGGAGGCGUUCACAGACAUGAAGAACUACUACAACGACAUCACCCUCAACAACCUGGCCCUCAUCAACUCCCUCAAGGAGCAGAUGGAAGACAUGCGGAAGAAGGAGGAGCACCUCGAGAAGGAGAUGCUGGAGGUGUCUGCGCAGAACCGGCGCCUGGCGGAACCGCUGCAGAAGGCUCGGGAGGAGAUGAGCGAGAUGCAGAAGAAACUGGGCGACCACGAAAGGGACAAGCAGAUCCUGGUUUGCACAAAGGCACGUUUGAAAGUUUCAGAGAAAGAGCUCAAGGGCCUGCAGUGGGAGCACGAGGUGCUGGAGCAGCGGUUUAUCCAGGUGCAGCGGGAGCGGGAUGAGCUCUACAGCAAGUUUACGGCAGCCAUCCUGGAGGUGCAGCAGAAGACGGGCUUCAAGAACCUGCUCCUGGAGCGCAAGCUGCAGGCCCUCAGUGCCGCCAUGGAGAAGAAGGAGCUGCAGCUCAAUGAGGUGCUGACAGCCUCCAACCUAGACCCUGCCACCCUGACCCUGCUGUCUCACAAGCUGGAGGACGUUCUGGAAUCGAAGAACAGCACCAUCAAGGACCUCCAGUACGAGCUGGCCCGUGUCUGCAAGGCCCACAGCGACCUGCUGCGCACCUACGAGGCGAAGCUCCUGGCCUUCGGGAUCCCUCUGGACAACGUGGGCUUCAAGCCCCUGGAGACGGCCGUGGUUGGGCAGACCCUGGGCCAGGGCCCGGCGGGACUUGUGAGCACCCCAACAUAGCCCCCACCCAGGACUUCUCCUUGCAUAACACCCCCUUUUACACCCACGGACAGCAGGUGUGUUUUUUGAUUUGUUGGGUCAGCAAAUGAAGGCUUUCAUGUUU